CGUGCUGAUAUAUCGCUUGUGCCAUAACUUUCACAACUUACGGUUACGACAACAAUAAAAAAAUAAUCAAAAUAAGCAAAAAGGUUAAACAAUGAGCGGAGCCGGCUCUGCCGUAGAUGCAGUCGCUGCGGAAAAGAAGCGCAAAUUUCGCAUUCAAGCGGCUGCAUUCAUGGGCCUCGUCGGUGGAAUUUCUGCGUUGUUUGGAUUCUCUCGCACGCUGGCCACGGCCAAGAAGUCGGACAGCAAAGUACUCCAGCAGCAAGCCACCAAACAAGGCAUGAUUCUCAUGGACGAAGGCACAACGCUGGCAAUGCGAGCCCUUGGCUGGGGCACAUUGUAUGCUGUAUUGGGUACCGGAGCAUUUUGCUACGGAUUCUGGAAGCUGAGUGGUGCCAAGGAUUUCGACGAGUUUCGCUUGAAGAUGGGCAACGCUUUGCCGCGAAUUAGUAAAGAUGAGCCAGCUAACAGUCGCACGGACUUUGAAAGCCUUACAGAUCUGAUGAAAUAUCUGGCUGCCUGGAACAAGGAGUAAACCCAUACACACACACAAACAUUGUAGAAUAAAUGCCAAUUGUAAAACUCA